GCCGACCUCACCCAUAUCCGCGACGAGAUUCCAAAGGAAAUUUCGUUUCUUCCAUUCGCCAUCCCACCAGGAAAGGAGUGAGAAACAAAGCCGCCGACUCCAGUUCCGCGUCCAGCACUUUCUAGGGAAUGAUGGAUCUACAGAGGACCCAGUCCUUGCUUCUGCUCUUGGUGCUGACCCUGCUGGGGUUAGGGCUUGUACAGCCCUCCUAUGGCCAGGAUCGAAUGUACCAACGGUUCCUUCGACAGCAUGUGGACCCUCAGGUGACAGGUGGCAAUGACAACUACUGCAACGUGAUGAUGCAGAGACGGAGGAUGACUUCUUCCCAGUGCAAACGCUUCAACACCUUCAUCCACGAAGACAUCUGGAACAUUAGUGGCAUCUGCAGUACCACCAACAUCCAAUGCAAGAAUGGCAAUAUGAACUGUCAUGAAGGGGUAGUGAAGGUCACAGACUGCAGAGAGAUAGGGAGCUCUAAGGCCCCCAACUGUAGAUACAGGGCGAAAGCCAGCACUAGGCGAGUUGUCAUUGCCUGUGAGGGCAGCCCAGAGGUUCCAGUACACUUUGACAGAUAGAUGCCAUCCUGCAGCUGUGACAGCUGGUUGUUGACCUCUGAGUCAGUGAGAAUAGCGAUGAGUGAUGGCCCUAGGCUUUGUUUCCUGUGCUUGUGUCUUAUGCUCACAUAUAUCCAACAUAACCCAUAGUAUUAAGUGCAUCCCAUCUGAGAGAAGAAAGAAGCCCCUCCUUAUAGCACUGAUGGUUUUGUUCUCCCAGAUUCUAUCCCCUGGACCUUAUGCAUUACAUGUAUUUAGAUAGUAUUUCAACUAUUAUAACGAGCUUUCUCUGUACAACUUGUCUCAUUCCAAUCCUUUAACACCCCUUGAUGCCGAUUCUGGUACUUUAUUUAGAAGCUUAGAAUUAAAGGAUUUGAUGACCAUAAAAACAGUGGAAGAUCUCAGACAAAAAUCCAACGGAAUGGGCUACUUUAUUACAUAUGCUUUUGUUAUUCCUAAAUGUCAUUGUUAGGGAAGCCACUAAGAGUUUGGAAAUAGGGACUGGAGAGAUGCCUCUGUGGUUAAGAGCACUGGCUGCUCCUCUAGAAGACCCAGGUUCAAUUCCCAGCACCCACACAGCAGCUCACAACUGUCUGUAACCCAGCUCUAGGUGAUUUGACACCUUCACCCAGACAUACAUGUAGGCAAAACACCAAUGCAUAUAAAAUUAAAGAGUUCGGAAAUCACAUAUUGGCAAAAUGAGAGUUACUUGGUAUUAUUUUGGUUUGUGGCUACUAAGAUUCUUUUUUUAAAUAUAUAAAAAAUGUGGUAAAUCACUAAGAUUUGUUUACCCUUUUCCUCUGAAAGACUUUCAAUAUUUUAUUAUAAUAAAGAUCUGUAUGCUGAG